GCUGUCACUAGUGGAAAUGACCCCCCUGCCUAUAUUAAGCAGGGACGAGAUGUUUGGCGCACCAGUGAUCCUCUAAACACCGUAAGGGUCAGCAGUCUGUUUGUUCCACAACGCGAGACGACAUCUUGGCACUGCGGUCAACAAUCAGCGAGAAUAAAGUUGAGAGAGACUGGGAGCAAAACAGCAGGUGAACUGGAUAAGUGCGCAGGAACGUAACUCCUGUCCAGUAUGAAGGUCACAGGCAUCCUCCUGAUGGUUUGUCUGUCCGUGAUGCACUCCCACACUUUCCCGGACAUAUCCGCCAUAGUGGACACGGGUCCCGUGUCUCUUCCAUGUACCUGCUCUGGUGAAGAAGUUGAGUGGACCAUCUUCUCCCCCAUUAAAGCCACCAUUGCUGGAUGUCACCAUGGGGUGUGUGAGAUUAAGCCACCUUUUAAGAAAAGCUUUUCGUUCUUGGGCAAUACCAGCAGUGGAAAUUUCUCCAUAAGCAUCAAUUCAACUCGCUACAACGAUCAUGGCAUGUACAGAUGUACCUGUAAUGGAGUACAAGUUAGUGCAGGAAAACUACAUGUUUAUGACCCUAGGAUUGUGACGGUUGUUGAAGGGAACAACAUCACCCUCCCCUGCUAUGGAGACACUCGGCUUGAUGCUGAAGAUGUUCAGUGGAAGAAAGAUGGGAAAUAUUUGCCGGGGUACGCUUCUGCAAAGCCCAGUGAAACCUCAGCAGGCAGAUUUUCAGUGUCAAAACAAGGCUUUCAAAAUGGCGAUCUCUCACUCCACAUCAGUUCAGUUAGCCUGUCUGAUGCUGGAUUUUAUCUGUGCCUUAUUCACAGAGAAUCUCGAGAGGGAGACCCACGUGCUGUUGUCCUAAUGGUGGAAAAACACCAACCGGCGCACCAACCACCCACAACGCCCAACUGCUGCACACGAUAUCUAGGAGUAGCAGUAGCACUGGUCCUUGCAGUCAUUUUCGGAGCGAUUAUUUACAUGAGAAUAAAGGACUGCAAAAAACCUGGAGAAGAGAGAUCCCAAAGCACUAGAGAAGUGAUACCCACCAGUUCUGUACAAGAAGAAUCCCCAAUGAUCCUAAAAAAUUCUUCAACAUGUAUAAUCCAGGAUUAAUUCAUACUUAAAGCUCUGCCACAGUGCUUCUUGUUUUAUUUUACCAACUUCAGCACAAUUAUUAUUGUUUGUCUUCUAAGGCACAUCUGUAUUUCAUCUCAUUCUAAUAUGAACUCUUAGUUGUUGUCCACCCCUCACCCCCACUCCCGUAUUUUUCACAAAUACGGAUGAUCAAUCUUUAUCUGAACAAAUAUGGGCUCUAAUCCAUAAUAUACAUAUCAAAGACACUUAGCUGUGAUGUUCAGGGAUAUACAUACACUGUAGGCAGCAUCUGACACUUUAUUACUUUAAGACCAAAACAGACAGCAUCUUGCACUAAGAGGAAAAAAUGAAAGUUCUGGUAAAAAGAGUAGACGACACAUCAGUUGUUUCUAUCAGAAUUAGCUCACAUAUAUCGUGUAAUUAAAUGAGAACGCUAUAAAACUUAAUAUUUCACUAAGUACAGCCGUUGGCACCAAAGCAUUAAAAUGAGCUUAGAGAACUUAGAGUUUAUUACCAGCUACAGUUCAUGGGACAAGAUGAAAAAAAUCUAAAUGUAGAGGCUUUGGUCUGCCCAAUUAUUUUACUUGCCAAGGUAAUUUUUUACCUAGGUUUGCUCUAGUGAUGUUUGAAAAAUAAAGCAAGCAAAGCAUUGUAAUUGAACCAAUCAUUAGCGUCUUCGAAAUCAUGUGACCAAAUUAAUCGACUCCUUCUGUGGCGUGUCUCAGUCGAGGCCUGGGGACAACAGUGGGUCAAAAAAUAUUUACAAUUGAUGCGUGUUUUUUGUUGAAAAAUCCUCCUGAGACUCCACCCUUUGGCUUGUGUUCUCUGGGGUGGACCUUUGUCCUCAUGCAUGACCUUUGACUUUUCUGAGCGAUGUGAUACGUCUUACAGCUCCUUACAUUGCACAGUGCUUUGUAUAUUUGCCUAUUUGUUUUUAGUAUUUUUGUAUAUUUGUAUACUUUGUGCAAUUUUCCUUUUUAGUUGGUUAUCUUCUGCAUUGUCUUUUUAAGUUUCUCUAUAUCUUUCAUAAUUUCAGGUCACCUUGCCUUGAUAUUAUCUUUUUCUUUAGCUGCUAUAUUUUAUCUUAACUUAUCUGAUCUGAUCUUACCUUAUGAUUUUUUAACA